AUGUUCCAACCCCGUGGAGUUCUAGCGCCCUUCCGGGCUCUAGAACGAGCCAUUGCGCCCUCCACCCUUCGCGUCGCCUCGUACUCGACCUCGAUCCUCUCCUCCCGACCCAUCCUCAACUCCGCCAUCACAAACCCUUCCUCCUCGUCCACGACAUUACCAAGAAGCAACACCACCCGCCUCCUCCCGCCCACCACGACCUCUCUCCUCAACAACCUCCUCACCCAGCAACAAAUCCGUCACGCCUCGCACGCCUCCCAAGGAACCGCGAACCGACACUCGCGCGAUCCGGCCGGCAAGCGUCUCGGCGCGAAGCGCUCCGCCGGCGAGUACGUGGUGCCCGGGUGCAUCAUCUUCAAGCAGCGGGGGACGAAGUGGUUCCCCGGCGAGAACUGCGGCAUGGGGCGGGACCACACGAUCUACAGCAUGCAGUCCGGCUACGUGCGGUACUACCUGGACCCGGAGCGGCACCCGGACCGCAAGUUCAUCGGCGUCGUCUUCGAGAAGGACGGCAAGCUGCCCACGCCGCGCAACGCGCCCACCCGCCGCCGCCUCGGCCGCGUCGCCGUGCGCUUCGAUCCCGCCGACCUGCCCAUCAACCAGAAGCAAUCAUCCGACUUGGUGGCCGAGGUCACCGCGGAGGAGACGACGGUCGGGGAUGUGCCCGCUGUCGAUGCGGAGGCCGGCUUGCGGUUCCGCCCCGGCUACAUGUACCGUGAGGCGAACUGGCAGAUCGGUCGUGCCGCGGAGAAGGCCGGCAUCACCGCCUUGCCCCAUCGUCGCAAGAACCGCUGGCUGGCGUGGCGCAAGAGAACGGCCAAGGCUGAGCGCGUGGCUCAGAUGAAGAGCUUGAAGUCCUCCAAGAAGUCCGCUAAGAAGGCGAAGAAAUAG